AAACAGAAUGUUGAAAUUGAUGGCAAACCUCAAAGGCUUAUCAAUAACCGCCAGGUUUGCUCCAGCCUUCUGACCCUGGGUAAGUCUUCGGGAAUUGAGACAAAACCGCGGAAAGGUUUGAGUUUCCGUUCUGUGAAGCCAAAACCAGGUUUGGGCCAGGGUAAUCAGAACCCAGGUGACCACGACCAUCAUUUGGCAACCGCGGUAAGACGUUUCGGAGUUGAUAUUCAAUAUCCAGCCUAUUCGACACACCCUCGGUUUUGAAUCCAUCUCAAGGAUUUUUGUUCAUCCGUUGGGCGUGAAACCCAAGCAAAGGACAAGUGAGUGAGCAUUUAUGGGAGCACUCCAAGAUUGAUCCCAGUGGCUACCCUGACCAUCACUUUUUUUGGUCUGAGCGAGAUGAGAUGAUCUCUUGUUGCAACAGAAUGGAAAUCCGUGUGUGUGUUCUCUGUGCUCUCACAACGUCGUUGAACGAAUUCCUCCUGGGUUGGAAUCUGGAUUCUGGAAGUGACUGGGGGAUGUCGAGUCAUUCCUGAUGUGAUUGAUCGCGAGAUAUGAAGGACAAAAGCAGCGAUUGUUCGUCGUGAUUCAUAGAUCCAUUGCCUUUUCUUCGGCCCUUUUUUUUAUAUGAUUUGUGAUUCAACGUGAACGCAUUAGUGCCUCCAUCAAGAUGAAGAUGGACUCUCUGUCCCACCCCCAUUCCACAAAUAUCAGUCAUCAUCAUCAUCAUCAGGCCCUCCUCCGAGGGUCCGCCUCCCAUCUCAAAUCGGAUGGGGCGGGCUCACACCAUCCGAGGCAGCAAACUGCCCCCAGAUUUUCGGAUUCCGCCCAUUUCGCCAAUAUCAUGGUGGAAUUCGAGACGAAUACGCGAGAAAUGGCGGUGGAUGUGCCGGAUUCGUUCAUCGCGCAAACCAAAACCCCGCCCAAAUAUCCGCCUCCGGCUUCUGUUCGAUCUUCCACGCAUUCGCAUCAAAGCGCGGGCAAUGGAACGCCUCCUCCGCCGCCGUUGAAUGGGCGGGCCCACUUGCGGAUUGAACGUGACGGUCGAUUGAUCAAUACUUUAAGCGGACCGCCUUUGCUGCCCCAUAAUUCUUUGAGUUCCUCGGCUAAUUCCUCUACCAAAUCCUCGUCCAUGGGCGUGACCGAUGGGCUCAAUAAUGAUGGGGUCGAAGAGGAGCUCACUCAACGACGAAUUCAGCAAUACGCCCAUGAGAUCAAAAAGCGCAAUUCUGAGCUAGAAUUACGCCAACGAUCGGACGAAUUCUUACGUCAGUCGCUACGAAACUCUCGGAAGAUGCAAGCCUUGAAAGAGCGGGCCCAACAAGGUCGCGCUCCUGUCCCGGCCGCUCUGGUCAAUGGUAUGGCUAAUCCGGCCUUUGAUGAAGAUCCAGCUGUUUUAGAUUGGGAGACCUUGACCAAUCUGAUCCAACGUGUUUCCUCUGGGGCUGAAAAAGCCGACCAACCCCAAAUCAUCCGAGCGUGCCAAACUUUGGCCCAUUUGGCCACUCAAAGCGAUUUCAAACAAGCUUGUCGCCUUCAAACUCAGUUCAAGCAAUUCAGCGCCGACAAGAAGCUCGAGUUUCCCGUUUCCAUCGACUCUCAAGAUCUUAGCACGGAGUGCUUGGAGUAUCUUCAGAACCUUCUGCCCGAUCAGGAUCAAGAUGUUCAAGAACUUCAUGAAAUUCUCAAGUCAGAACGGCUCGAAGGACUUCUGCUUUCCCACGACAAACUCGGCAUGCGGAAAUUGGCCCAACAGUCCUUGCACAUGGAGGAAGAUGCUCUUCUGGAUAGAUUGAGCCAUUACUCCGAGCCUAACAUCAAGAUUGUUCGCAUCGAGAAAACCAACGAACCUUUGGGGGCCACGGUCAAGAACGAAGAUGACGCCGUGAUCGUAGGGCGAAUCAUUCGAGGAGGCACCGCUGAAGCCAGUGGACUCUUGCACGAGGGUGACGAAAUCCUAGAGGUGAACGAGGUGCCCCUGCGGGGUAAGAAUGUCAACGAGGUCUGCGAUCUACUAGCCCAAAUGCAGGGCACCCUGACAUUGUUGGUGGUGCCCAUGCGGAGCCAUUUGGGCCAUCGUGAAUCUUUCAGCCCAAGCACGGGAUUGUCCAACGGGAUGAGCAGUGGAAGUAUUAUGCACGUGAAGGCUCAUUUUGACUAUGAUCCCGAGGACGACCCCUACGUGCCGUGUCGAGAAUUGGGAAUUAGCUUCGUGAAGGGCGAUAUCCUUCACGUGAUCAAUCAAAAAGACCCCAAUUGGUGGCAAGCUCGCCGUGAAGGUGAUGAUGACAUUCAGUUACCCGGGCUUAUUCCGUCGGCCGCUUUUCAGCAACAACGCGAGGCCGUGAAGCACACAAUCAUGCAGGACUCCAAAUCCGAGAAGAACGGAUUCAAGGAUCAGCGAAAGAACUCUGGCUUCUUAUGCGCCAAGCGCAGUGGUCGAAAGAAGCCUCGACGACGAGCCAAUAACCAUUUGAACAACGAUAUCGACGGAGGGAUUGGUUCCGAACUAGACGAUAUCAUUGCCUACGAGGAGGUCACGCUCUACUACCCGCGCUCGGAUCGCAAACGGCCCGUGGUACUCAUUGGUCCUCCCAACAUAGGUCGACAAGAGUUGAGACAGAGAUUGAUGACCAAUAGUGAUCGAUUUUCCGCCGCUAUUCCACACACAUCUCGCCCAAAGCGAGCCGAUGAGAUUGACGGUCAGGAUUACCAUUUCAUAAACCGACUCCAAUUCGAGAAUGACAUUCUGGCUCGCAAGUUCGUCGAGCACGGCGAAUAUGAGCGUUCCUACUACGGCACCAGCCUCGAGGCCAUCCGCUCGGUGGUCCAUUGCGAGAAGAUCUGCGUGCUCAAUCUGCAUCCACAAUCGUUGCGAAUUCUCAAGUCUUCGGACUUGAUGCCAUUCGUAGUGUUCGUAGCUCCACCUUCACUGGAGAAACUCAAACGCUGGAAGAUGGAUAGGUCAGAAUCUGUGCACGACAAUGAGUUGUUGAAUAUCAUCGAGAAAGCUCGCGAGAUGGAGGAGAACUAUAGCCAGUUCUUCGACAUGGUCAUCAUCUACUCUGACCCUGAACGAGCCUACCAGGAUCUAUUGCGAGAGAUCAAUCUGAUCGAGCGAGAGCCCCAAUGGAUCCCCGGUUCUUGGGUGAACAAUGCCAAGAGCUAAAAGACCCUGUGUCAUUCUUUCUUACUUCCAAUACUUGGUCAACAAAACUAAGACAUUCCAACCACACGUAGCGUUUCCAUUCCUCAAUCGUUCUUCCAGGUCCACUUCAGGAUCAAAUAGGGAUCGACCAAGUAUAUAAUUUCCAUCAUAAUGCCCCCUCUCUCAAGCCCCCAGAUGCAGCUAUAUAGUACCCUGGCGGCUGUUCAUCAUGUGCGCAAUCAAGACAGUUGAAGGGCUUCUAUGGCCUUCCCAUGAAAUCAUAUAUCCUAUUUUUACAGCAAUAAAGUCUUCCAUAGUG